CCAAGUGCCAGCCCGGAGCUUAACUUUAGCUGCACCACUCCUUGCCGGGAUCGCCAACAUCAACUCCUGAAGUCCCCUUCACCCAUCCCUUGCUUGUAACAACUUUUCCACCGUUCCACCACGACGCCAGGUCGCCAAUCGUGGUGCGCCCUCCAAACUGUGGCCCAGCGUUCGCCCGGUGCUAUCGUGUGGUCCUCAACAACCUCCACGCAGCGCAUCACAUCCUCCGUUCGGCCAUGCACUUGAGCGCUGCUGUCGCUACUUCAACAUUCUGAGUCUAGCCUCGAGCUCCUCUCCUUGAUGCUGUCAAUCUCUGCGCUUCGCUCCUAGCCGAUCGUCGUAAGCAGCAUGUCCUGGCCGUUCUCGGGCCAGAAGGCUCACGAUGGCUCCUUGCUGCCGAUCGCCGUCUCUGGCGGAGAAGGGGUUGGCAAGGACCGCUACGAUCCUUACGAGGCGUCAUCACCGGAAGACCGCGCUCGUUCUUCCUCCAGGCGACCCGGCCACAUCCGGACAACAUCGGCACAGUCACGAACUAUGGCGGACCAAUUCGCGACCAUGACCCCUGCCGAAGCAGCCUCUCGAUUGCAAACUUCAGAAGCGAACGGCCUGACCGAAGCCGAAGCACUCACACGGCUACGAAACCAUGGCCCGAACGAAAUUCCCCACGAACCACCAGAACCCCUCUGGCUUCGAUUCCUGAAGCAAUUCCAGGAGCCACUCAUCAUUCUGCUCCUCGUAUCAGCCUUUGCGUCUCUCCUCGUGGGCAACAUGGACGACGCCGUAAGCAUUACGGUUGCUGUCACCAUAGUCAUUACCGUCGGGUUUGUCCAAGAAUAUCGGUCCGAAAAGUCCAUAGAAGCCCUCGACCGCCUCGUACCGAACCAUGCCCACCUCGUCCGGGCACAGCCUCCUCGUCCUCUGAAUGCCGCGAAACCAUCCGGGUGGCCCCCGGCAGUCAACGAUCCGAGCGAUAGAGAUCCUGCAGGAGGGUCAGAGACGCCGGGAGAGGAGAUGAUGUCUUCCACGUCAUCCAAAGUCAUGGCUGCUCAGCUUGUGCCCGGCGAUCUUGUGCUUUUCACGACAGGUGACCGGAUACCCGCAGACAUUCGCGUUACCAUGGCGUCUGACUUGACAAUCGAUGCGUCCAAUCUUACGGGAGAGACGGAGCCGGUCAGAGUCACCGCCGACACAAGGACCGGGCGGCAACGGUCAGAUUCACACUCCGGUUUCGGCCUGGGUAUAAUGCGCCAGCCUAGCCCCGCGACACUCGCUCCUCCAGCAACAAAUGGGACAGGUCGAAGUGGUGCGGUAGAUGAAUCUAUCCACAACAUCGCUUAUAUGGGCACCUUGGUCAAGUCCGGCCAUGGGCAAGGGAUAGUCUUCGCCACCGGAGGGGAGACGCUAUUUGGCACGAUAGCGACGAGCGUUUCAGGGACUGAGAGUCCACGCUCACCAUUACAGCUCAGCAUGGACGAGCUCGGCUCCCAGCUGACCAAGAUCUCUGGCGGCAUUAUUGCACUAAUUUCGCUCGUGGGACUGUUGCAGGGCAAGAAGGUCUUGGAGAUUUUCACGAUAUCCAUAUCUCUCGCUGUUGCUGCUAUUCCUGAAGGUCUUCCAAUCAUUGUCACCGUGACACUUGCUCUUGGCGUUCACCGGAUGGCCAAGCAUUCUGCCAUUGUGCGCAAAAUGCCAAGUGUGGAGACGCUGGGCUCCGUCAAUGUGGUGUGCUCGGAUAAGACUGGAACGCUCACGAUGAACCACAUGACAGCCGCCAAGAUGUGGUAUUUUGGCGUGCCCGAUGCUGUCAGUGUCGACGGAGACAAGGAUCUGGACGAAAAGAAGCCAGACCCCGCCACAGUCCGUAUUCUGAGAAUUGGCAACAUCGCCAACAAUGCCAGGCUUGCUCAUGGAGCAAGGACGAUAUAUGCAGACUCGCAAAGCCGGGAUCCCACGCCGACGUCGCGAUGGGUGGGCCAACCUACGGAUGUGGCCAUGCUCGACCUGCUGGACAGAUUCCAGGAGCACGAUGUCCGUGACUCCAUUGGCCCUCGCACCUCUGAAAUGCCAUUUAGCUCUGAGCGAAAAUGCAUGGGCGUCGUGAUCGGGGCUGCGUCAGGGAGCAACGACAAGGGCCAUGCAUACAUGAAAGGGUCAAUCGACAAAGUCUUGGAUGCCUGCGAUAGCUACUUGACUGCUGAUGGUCGCGAAGUCGUCAUGGAUUCGAGACGCCGCAGGGAGGCAUUGCAAGCUGCCGAGACAAUGGCAGAAACUGGGCUGCGAGUCUUGGCGUUCGCGAGCGGCACAGUGACCAGAUCCUCCAGAGGAAUUGGUCACUCUACGCGUAGUAGCACGCCAGGGAGCGCGACUGGCAGUGAUGACGACGUUUAUACAGGGUUGACCUUUGCCGGCCUUGUCGGCAUGAGCGACCCCCCACGCCCUGGGGUAGCGAAAGCCAUCCGUCGCUUGAUGCGCGGUGGUGUCCGGGUCAUUAUGAUAACUGGAGACGCCGCGACGACGGCAUAUGCCAUCGGCAAGCAAUUGGGCAUGCACAUCGCCACUGCACGAGAGCACACGUCGAGCCAAGUUGCUGUAAAGCCGGUCCUGACUGGAGACGAGGUCGACGCCAUGUCAGAGGAGGAGUUGGCAGCCGCCCUUCGCAUCACGACGAUCUUUGCGCGCACGAACCCGGACCACAAGCUCAAGAUCAUCAGAGCUCUGCAGGCUCGUGGCGACAUUGUUGCGAUGACUGGCGACGGUGUCAAUGACGCCCCCGCCCUCAAGAAGGCCGACAUCGGCAUCUCGAUGGGCCUCAACGGUACCGAUGUGGCCAAGGAGGCAUCUGACAUGAUCCUUACCGACGACAGCUUCAAGACGAUCCUUCGCGCCAUCGAAGAAGGCAAGGGCAUAUUCAACAACAUUCAGAACUUCAUCACUUUCCAGCUCAGUACCAGUGUGGCGAGUCUCACUCUUGUGCUGCUCUGCACAUGCUUCGGCUUCAAAACGCCCCUUAACGCCAUGCAGAUCCUCUGGAUCAACAUCAUUAUGGACGGCCCUCCGGCACAGUCGCUCGGCGUAGAAAAGGUUGAUCCGGAUGUCAUGUCGCGCCCGCCCCGCACACGUACAGAGCCGGUCCUCACCCGAGCAUUGCUGCAACGUGUGCUCACGUCAGCUGCAAUCAUCACCACGGGUACUAUGGCAGUAUACAUCUCGCAGAUGGCCGACGGCGGCGUCGAUCGCCGCGACACGACCAUGACCUUCACCUGCUUCGUGCUGUUUGACAUGUUCAACGCCCUCUCGUGCCGGUCGGAAAGCAAGUCCAUUCUCCGAGGCGAGGUGGGCGUCUUCUCCAACAAGCUCUUCAACUGGGCCGUCGCGCUCUCCUUGCUGGGCCAGCUACUCGUCAUCUACUUUCCCUGGCUGCAGGACGUCUUCCAGACUGAGGCCAUUAGUUUCCUCGACCUAGUGAGGCUCGUCAUGUUGACGAGCACAGUCUUCUGGGCCGACGAGGUGCGAAAGUACUACAAGUACGGCCGGCGGCGGCUUGGCGCGUAUAGCCAGGCCGUCUGAUCACAGGACCAUGGUUUGAAUGGGGGACAGGCUGUGCACAGGCAUGGAGGUAAAAAUGGUUGGAUCUCUGGGGGAGCAUAGAGCAUACAUAAAGUAUAUAUCGCAUCAGCAUAACAAGGUUUUCGACAUGAAAU